AAUCCUAAUCAACACAAUACGCAAGUGGCAUGGUCUUCGUCAUCGGCCGACGACAUACAUACCGCUCAACCAUCGCUGGCCACAUUGUCAUCAUCGCCAAAAUUAUCUCAUCUAACAGCAAGUUUCGAAUCUGCGUUACCACCACCUAUUUUACAAAAUGACGUCAUUGCUUCGUUGCCUAAUUGUGUGGUCGAGUCGGCUAGACGAGCAUCGUCGCAUGAACCAGGGAGUUUUCCCCAGCUGGCCAAAGCUCCAGGUGACGUAUCCAUGAGUCCACACCAGCUGAUACUAUGUUUGUCAACAGCAAGCAAAAAGCUCUCACCGGUCCGAUACUCGUUCCAUUCGAAUCUUGUGGUAGUUUUUUUUCUUGAAUUAUUCUCACCGGUGUACUUGCUGCUGCAUAGUGUUAUUUCAGCUAUCGAUCGAGAAAAGUUUGAUGAUGCGCAGAUCUUCUACGAACGCUUGAGAGCUGAAUUUCCUGAUGAAAUGGGUCCAUGGGCACAACAAGGCAUUCGACUAUUAAUUAGUGAGCUUCGAAGACCGGCUUCACGAAUCGGUUCUGCAGGACCGCAUAUCAGGGCUCAGUAA